AGCAAAUACAAAAUCAACAACUACAAUAACUACAACAACAAUAAAUAUAUAUUUUAUAAACCAUAUAUUCAUAUAUUAAUUUGGUGGUGAUAAUAAUAAUUUAUUUUAAAAUUCAACAUUAAAAAAAAACUAUAAAAUUUUUGUUUUAAAUUUCUUAUUUUUAAUUAUUCGAUUAUUAAAUAUAAUUAAAACUUAAUUCUAAAAUGAAUAUCAUCGACUCUUUCAAUAAUCUCCAUUUAAAUGAUAAUAAACCAACUCAACAACCAACAUUCAAUAAUCAAACUCAAACUCAAAAUAAAUCUGUAACUGGGUAUUACAACUAUAACAAUGUUCAAGAAAGACCGAUAAUUAUAAUUUCUUUAAUUGAACAAUAAAUAUUUAUCCAGAAAAAAAUGUAAAUUUAUCGUGUAAUACUAGUAGCCGUCAGAAUGUCAAUUUUAACUAAUAAUUAAUCAUAUAUAUUUUUAAAAAGAAAAAAAAAAAAAAAAUUAAUUUUAAUAAAUUGGGAUAUCUAUCCAAAAGAAAAACAUUAACUAUUAAUGUUUAUAUACAAUAUCUAUAUAAUAGUAUUUAUAGUAUAUAUAUAGUUUUAU